ACUGGGAACGGCUCAAAGGGCGCUGUAGCUAUUGUGUUUUCGUGUAACCAUGAAUGAAGUUAUCAAGCGUUGAUGAUAAGAUUGACAUCAUAUCCCGGAUAAACUGUGUAACCAUGGAGGAAUAAUUCCUCCAUGGUGUAACUAAAUAUAACCUCAUACCCACUAUGGCUGGAUUUCCAACACGAUAAUUACAGCUUGUAUAAUGCCAACUACGGGGAGCUGCAGCGGAUGUGCGUGUGAAGGUCUAUAUUAAAAUCGUUAAGCCGUCAAGAUGCCAUCGAACUCCAACGAGUACGAGCCGGACGAAAGUGAACAAGACCGGCGACUUGGCGAGUUGGGUCUUCGUUUAAAGAUUGAGCAUGAUGAGGAAGGAUUCCUCAAUGAUAAAUACAAUUUACUUCGUUACCUCCGAGGAUACGACUGGGAUGUGAACAUUGCACACCAGAAACUCCAGGCCACCCUACAGUGGAGACGCAAGCUCAGACCAUGGGAGACUAGCUGUAAAUACUGCGACAACAAGCCUGGGUUUCACUCAUGGCGUCAAGUGGGCAUCGACAAACAAGGCAGGCCAGUGGUGUACUCCUCUUUCGUUCAGGCGACCGGAUCCUUCACAGCGGAGGAUAACGUACAACACACCUUAUACCUCAUGGAGAACGCAAAACGUUGUAUGAGACCAGAGGAAUACACAUGGGUCUGGGUACUAGACUGCUCUGGUUUGACGAUGGCAGCGUGUAAUCCGAUGCUUGCCAGAGCCGUAAACCACGUGGUCGCAGAACACUACCCGGAGAGAAUGGGUCUGGUCAUCGUCAUUAAUCACGGCAUCGUCUUCGAAGGGAUAUGGAGAGGAAUGCGCCUCUUCAUUCAUCCACGAACAGCCAGCAAACUACGCCUGUGCCGCGGUGAUAAAGUGGCCACAACGUUUCAGGAGCUUUUCCCGGAGGAUCUAUGUGUGUGGUUCCUGAAGGAGCUGGAGCUGAAUGCUCAGCGAACGGUCUCACCCGCACAGCUGCAAUUCUGGAGGGAGCCUGCAGACAGUGACGCCCAUGACCCGCGAGGGUGCCCCUCCUAUGUUAGUCAGUACAUUGAUAAAUACUACAAGGAGGUUAUAGUACCGCAGGCAAAUGAGAAUGUUGAGAAGCCCGAAGCGUGUACGAUACAUAAACCACAUUCCAAUAUAAUACAGGUGUUAAAAGAGGAGGCGAUGCUAGAAGUGCAAAACAACUGAGACUUUCAGAACGCAAAAGUGGUCAACCUCAAGUGUGAUGAUUUGUAAGAGCGCCAUUGGGAGUGAAGUUGUUAAAGAGCUUUGCUGAGAUGGAUAGGCGUGUGUAAGUGCACUGGCAGACUGUGCGUUGAAAAACAGGUCAAUACUACAAUACGUCAAUACCUAAAGCCAUUUAUUUUAAAAGCACCUUUGAAGGGGCACUAUAAAAAAGGCCAAGACCAGGGGCAACAGAGAUUUGUUCCCUCCGCUGUCUGCGUAUAAUUCCAUGCCUAAGAGGGACGGGUCAGGGCCCACGUGUUAUAAAUGAUUAUGUGACAAUGCUGCAUUUGGGUAUUAUAUAAAAAUUGUAGAGCCGACACAAUAGUCACCGACAGCGUUCAUGUUUUGCGCAACCAUGAAAUGACAAACCUUGAGCUUUUGUGAGAGUCAGGAGAAAAUAUUGAAAAUCCAAGCAUUAUUCAGCAUGUAAGCAUCUUAAUUUGGGUUGCAACAUUUGAACUCAGUUUUCAAACAGGUUUUCAGAUGGUUAAUUUGAAUAAUUUACUUAAGAGGGAGCAGACAAAAUGGCUCUAGUUUAUUCUUUAAAUAAUCUUUCUGACUAAAUUUUUUAAAAUGUGUCUUUUAUCCUUACAAAAUCCUGUAUAAUACUUAAAAUGACAUAAAAUGAAAGGCCACAGCUCAAAUAACAAAAGAGUUAUUAGUUUUAUUUUUUAGCAGUUUUACACCAUUUUUUCUGAAACAAUACAAACGAUAUAACCCAAAAUUAAUACCAAAUUACUAAAUUUUUUACUAAUUUUUUUUAUAUUUUUACUAAAUUUAGUAUCAGUACCUUUCCAAACUUGAAAUUCUAUCUUUAAUCAACAAAUGAUGGCACUCAAGAAGAUCGGAGGGGGGAAUAAUCUAAAAACUUAAAAUUACGGUAAUUUCUUCUGAUUUCUUUGAAAAAAUAAAUAAAAAAUUAUUAGCACAUUUGGCAAAAAGAAAAGCCGAA